AUGAGCAAUCACACAGUGGACACAGAUUUCUUCCUCAUGGAAUUCUCUGACAGCAAGCAGCUCCAGGUGCUCCAGGGCUUUCUGUUUCUUCUGAUUUACUUGGUGUCCCUCAUGGGGAACCUUCUCAUCAUCAUGCUUGUCACUGUGGACCAGUGUCUUCACACCCCCAUGUACUUCUUCCUGAAGAACUUGUCCUUUGUCGAUGUGUGCCUCAUUUCAGUCACAGUCCCAAAGCUCAUUUUCAGCUCUUUAUUUCACAGAAAUACUAUCUCAUUCCAAGGAUGCCUGUGUCAGGUCUUGUUUGUGGUUUUCUCUGGGACAUCUGAGCUUUCCCUCCUCACAGCCAUGUCGUAUGACCGCUAUGUGGCCAUCUGUCACCCACUGCACUAUGAUGCCAUCAUGAACAGGGUAGUCUGUGUACAGAUGGUAGCUGUCUCUUGGCUGUUUGGAAGUCUCUUUGGGGUCUUAUAUUCAUAUGGUACCUUCUCUUUAUCUUUCUGUGACUCCAGAAAAGUGUCACAGUUCUUCUGUGAUGUCCCCUCCCUACUGAAGAUUUCUUGCUCGAAGAUGCAUGUCACUAUUGACAUUACUGUGAUCUUUGGAGUCAU